AUGAACAGCGCAAGCGAGCCCUCGCUGCUUCUCCCUCCGGGGGCCUCACGGGGCCCUCCCGAGGAAAGGGCCUACCGUCCAACAGGACUCGUACCAUCCCCAGGAAACGCGCCUCAACAUCAAGGCGUCUAUCCGCCUCACCACUUCCAGGGAGCAUGGGGGCCCUCUGCUGGCUCCCCAUACUCCCCGUACUGGCCAUAUGGGUCCGAGCAAGCCACCUGGGCCUCCACUCCGUCGGGGGCCCCUACCGGAGCGCCGGGGGCCCUCGGCGCAUCGCAGGUGGCCUUGGAGAGUGAAGUUGCCUUGAUACACUUUGUGGUGUACUUGGUGUGCUGCAUCGGGUGUGUGUGCAUAUACUUGAACUACGUGGUGCUAGAGGCCCACAUCUUCGCUCUGUUUUGGGCAGUGGUCUUCUCGAUCCCCCUAAGGGCCGUUGUCUCCGCGAUCGUUGGGCAGCCUGUUCAGCGAUCCGCGCCUUCCGUCUCCAGUGUGUCGCCUUCUCCAGCUGCAGCUCCCCCCCCCCUGGCUGCAGCAGCCGAAAGGACUAUUCGUGACCAGCAGGGGCCUCUGGGCCGCAACGGAGGGGCCCCCUCUGCGGCCGGCGAGGUCGCUGCGGGGGGCCCCCACGCGGCCCUCGGCGGAACUCCCAAGGACGGGGGGCCCCCAACUGCCGCUCACAAGAGGGCGAUCCGGCUCAAGUCUUCUCGAGAGGCCGCAUCAAGGCACUCGCAGCAGCAGCAAGGAGACGCGGACUCUCCCCCCAACAAAGGCGGCACGCAGGCUGCCACGGCCACAUUGUAUCUGGGAGUGACAGAUGCCGCAACGCCAAGAGCAGCGCAUGCAGCAGCGGCGACGGCCAAUGCAGCGAGGGCCUCUAUGCAGCGGGGCUCUUCGGCCCCUAUGCGCGCUCCUGGCGAAGGGCAUCUCCACCGCAGCAGCAAGAAACGACGGCAGCAGGAUGACGGAGACCCCUCCGGGGACGGCGCUCCUCACGAAGCCUCCUUCCCCGCUUACCCCAUACCCUCCUGUCCCUUCGGCAAUAGCACCAGCAGGAGUGCGCGGCUCUUGCGCGAGCUCACCACGCUGUGGGAAACAGCUCAUUCCCUUCUUGAGGUCUACGUUGUUCGCUCUGCCUCCUUCCAGGAAGCAUACGCAAAGCUGUCUGCCCUGCUACAGCACCAACCCGACGGGGCUGCUGCUGCUGCUGCUGCCGCUGUGGAGGGAGUAACAGCAGCAUCAGAGACACCCAACACACUGGCUGGCUUUGUUGCUGCUGCCGCAUCCGCUGUAAGGAGCACCGCAGCUCCCAGCGGGUCCAGUAGCGGCAGCAGCACUGCAACAUUGUUGCUCGGAGGAAGUCUGGGUUGGUAUUCGGACCUAUGGAGGGCCAUUCAGGAGCUGGCCUCUGCAUCCUCCGCAGUAAAUGCAGCGGCUUCCGCUGCUGCAGGUGCAGACAGCGCCUCCCUUGCGGCUCUGCAAUGGACAUCCACCACCGCUUCCUCGAGCCUCCACACGGAGGCCUCCCGUGCUCGCAUUGGCAGUACAGAGGACCCCCCGCGUCUAGCGACUCCCAGCGCGGAAUGGCCCUUGGCCGCUCCUGAGCCGCAGCAACAGCCUCAGCAGCAAAAGAGCCGUUUCACUCACCUUCACACCCCUCCAGACCCGCUGUUUUUCUCGCAUGCCGAAACCUGCCCCCGAUUCCUGGCCUCAGAGCCUCACGAGGUCGAUGUGGACCUCGAAGGCCAUGCCUCAGCUGCGUGCUUCCUCUCUUCUGGAGGCUUACCGGAGGGGCUUUCUUCCUGCCAGGGAGAAAUCGCCGGGUGGGACGCUACCAAGGCGGAAGAUCUCACCAACCCCAGUUUGGAGGUCUCUCUGCUCCGUCUACACGAUGGCGUGUCUCUUUCUUGCAUCGAUCCUUGGAGGCUCUCGGGGGGUGACGCCGGCAGCGCGCGGAGAGUCUUCCCCCUGGGGUUCGCCUGGCCCUCAACGAGCACUUCAUGUCGACGGGAAGGCCUCCAAGGAAGCAGUUGGGCUGCAUCCUUUCUCUCCCUGUUGCUUCCAGCUGGCUUGUGGAAGAGGUGGCCCAAUACUGCGGAGUUGCUGGGUCACUUGAGAGAGGGCAACUUCCUCUUGGCCUUGAAACGGUCCCUUGAAGCCUCUCAAGAGGUCUACUCGCUGACCAGAGAGGCCUGGUGGAAGUACCUCUCGGAGCAUGCGCACACACUCCUAGCUUGGGCCUUCAACAGCGGGCAAGCGAACUCUUACUCUUUUUGCACUAGCUUGCAACUGAGCCCAACAGCAAUCCCUUUAAAGACUGGCUCCUUGGAUUUGGUAGAUGAGGUCCUCUGCGUUGUGGACCCCUCCGCAAUCCUGUCUACAUCAGUGAACGAGAAGAUACGCGCCAUUCUCUUUUCCUCCGUGAAGAAAGUGUGGUUCUACAGCCUCUUUACCUGGCUGAUUUUUGAGAGCACCGGUAUGCCGGUGGUAUACGUGCCAACUGCCGUUUCGUCACUGCUGGCCCUCCUUCCCAUCCUUCCCCCAGAAGUCGUCUCUCUCCUUCCCUCUAUUGCGCUUUGGCUGCAUAAGGAUGUUAGGGACUUUGGGGGCCUCUCUACAGGGGACGCUCAGACAGCAGAGGCAUGGGGCCCUUGGCUGGCUGCCCCCCAUAGACUUGCAGCUCUUGGACGCUCAGGCCCCGCCUUAGCAACUAUGCCGCUCAUUGUGGUUUCAGCAGCUUCCAAGUUCAAUGAGCGGCACAUUCGCACACAGGAGGCCCUAACCCGGCCUUUAUCAGAAGGUAAAACCGGCGUCCCCUUUUUCCAUGCGCAACUGGAUUGCCCCGCCACUUCUCGCCGAGUUGAUGGGGUCCUUCAAGAGAAGCUCCAUUCUACAGAGAACCUGGGACUAGCUAACAACGGGGCCCUUAGUAAUGCAGCGUGGGGGCCACCGUGGGGACCUCUGCCAGCGGGUGGAUUUGCCCUGGGAGAGUGGCGCUCUGGGCGAAAGUCCAAUACGAAUUUUUCCGUGGCCCCCCUCAGGGGGAGUUUUCACGAGGAGAUUCCCUCGUUCCAAGCUCCGCAAUUCCCUCUACAGUCGCCUGCCCGGACUAUAGCAGCAACACAGGAGAGCGUUCCCCAGGGGUCCCUCCCACCCCCAUUUCGGGACACACAAGCCUCCUCUGCCUUAUUUGGGCUUUCUCAGGGGGUUACUGGUACGCCCCCCCAACAGGCGUUGGCUGUGCAUUUUAUUAAAAGCGCAGCAGACGCAAUUCGGUGGGUGCUGCAGCGGCGGCGAUCCGGCGUGGGGGCCUCCCCAGUACUUCCCUCCGUCGCACUCCCCGGGCAGUACCCGUGGGCCCCUGGAGCGCCUAUCUUUGGAGGCCCUGUGCAACAGGUGCUCCACCAGUCACAUUCCGCAAAACCAGUGGGUAGUAAUAGUCCACGAAAGGCCAUGUCCAUGGGCGAGGCCCUCAGGACGCCAACCGAUGAGGAAUUAUCCCCUUCUGUGCCUGCAGCUUCUUCUCCAGCCGCUGCACAAUUGAGAGCCUAUUCAGGUUUUCCUGCAGCGACUGUAGGGGAUUCGGUUGGAACUUGCGCAGCAGGGCGUCGAGGCCCUUCCCUUUACCGGGGCCGUCGGCGCGCGCACUCGGGUCCAUAG